AUCAGUUCCAUUCGGCAUUUCUCAGCGUUCGGACGCGAAGUAAAUUAUAGUUUACUGUAAUAUAAAAACAAUUAAGAGAGGGACCUGUCCUCGCGACAAGAGAAAUCACUCCUGAAAACGUUUCUAAGGAAAAAUACGCAAAAGAAACGUUUAUUGUGUUCUUUGACUGUUCCGUUCCCAGUCAAAAGUGGAAAUGUAUCUGUGAGAUACAAAGUGCGGGUGGGCGAUGCAAUCGAGGUGUUCCCUAAGAAUUGUAAACAAAGAAGGCGGCCAGAUUCAUUGAUAUCCAUCGAAAUCCAGCAACAAGUUCACUGAAAAUAUCAGAACUUUAAAAUGGCAGCGGACUGGCGAUUAAUGUGCCUGCUUGGAAUCCUGCUCUUUGUGGGAGUACCCGUAAAUGGGGAGGUCUACACGGCCUUGGCUGAAAUGGAGGAACUACUUGAGACUGAAUCCGUACUGAUUACCAACUUGGAGGGCUACAUUCGCGUGCAGGAGAACAAGCUGAGUUUUCUCAAAAAUAAAAUGGACGAGUACCAGCGGGAACACUCGGAUGCCUCCAGUGAUAUCACAGCCUAUGUAUCCAACCCAAUUAAUGCAUAUUUGCUGACCAAGCGGCUGACCACAGAUUGGCGGCAGGUUGAGAACCUCAUGGAGCACGAUGUGGGCACGGAUUUCUUGCAGAACAUUACCCAGUAUCGCAGUGUUCUGAAGUUUCCCUCAGACGAGGAUCUCAAUGGAGCCGCUGUGGCUCUGCUCCGCCUGCAGGACACCUACCAGUUGGACACAUCAAGUGUGGCAAGGGGAAAACUCAAUGGAGUUCAGUACAGCACGGAAAUGUCCUCGGACGACUGUUUCGAGCUGGGGAGACAAUCGUACGUGAACCACGACUACUACCACACGGUCCUCUGGAUGAACGAGGCGAUGGCCCGAAUGCUGGAGGAGCCGACCAACCACACCCAGAGUUUCACCAAGGCCGACAUCCUCGAGUACCUGGCCUUCUCCACUUAUAAGGAGGGCAACAUAGAGAGCGCGCUGACCAUGACCAACGAGCUGCUCCAACUACUUCCACACCACGAGAGGGCCAAUGGAAACAAGCGCUUCUAUGAAAAGGAGAUUGCUACCCAACUGCAAUUGAAGAAGAUGAAGGGCGACGAUGGCACCGAUGAGAUGCCAAUGUCCGAUUUGCCCGUGGCCAAAAGUGAUCCCUCUGUUUUUGACAUGACUGAACGCAGGGCCUACGAAAUGUUGUGCAGGGGUGAACUGAAACCAUCUCCUUCGGAUUUGAGACCCCUGCGUUGUCGUUAUGUCACCAACAAUGUGCCCUUCCUGCGAUUGGGCCCCCUGAAAAUGGAGGAAGCCCACAUGGAUCCCUAUAUAGUCAUCUAUCACGAUGCCAUGUACGACAGCGAAAUCGAUCUGAUCAAGCGGAUGGCACGCCCUCGAUUCCGCAGGGCUACGGUCCAAAAUUCCGUAACUGGAGCUUUGGAGACUGCGAACUACAGGAUCAGCAAGUCCGCUUGGCUGAAAACCCAGGAGGAUCGGGUGAUCGAGACUGUGGUCCAGCGCACGGCGGAUAUGACCGGUUUGGAUAUGGAAUCCGCCGAGGAGUUGCAGGUGGUUAACUACGGCAUUGGAGGUCAUUACGAGCCGCACUUUGACUUUGCCAGGAAAGAGGAACAGCGCGCCUUUGAGGGUCUUAAUCUGGGCAACCGCAUUGCAACUGUUUUAUUCUAUAUGAGUGAUGUUAAGCAGGGAGGCGCCACUGUUUUCACCUCCCUUCAUACUGCUAUAUUUCCCCAGAAGGGCACGGCUGCCUUUUGGAUGAACCUGCACAGAGAUGGAGAAGGAGAUGUAAGGACUCGUCAUGCGGCCUGUCCUGUACUCACAGGCACCAAGUGGGUGUCCAAUAAGUGGAUCCACGAACGGGGACAGGAGUUCCGCAGACCCUGCUCCUUGGACGAGGAUCACGGCGAGUUCGCCAUCUAAGCCGGAGUCUAGUUAGUGAAUGCAACGAAUCUUAUGGGCGGCAUCUCAUCCUUCGCCAUCGGCCAUCGACUUCCUAUUGUAAAUAAAGCAUUCAGUCCGAAUACGGGCGCAUCUGUUCUACUUAUCGGUUCGACGGGUGGAACCACUUCUACCUAGCUAUAUCUUAGACUCAUAUGGAAUUUAUCUACUUUUGUAUAUUUGUAUAGUUUAAGUAGUUCAAAAAAUUGCAAUAAAAUCAGAAAUUUAAAGCAAAA